AAUCAUUUCCCAAUACGAAUACUAAUACCAAAAACCCACCUUUUGCCUCGGCGAUCUCUAAAACAACAAGCUAAGCAUCCCCCCAAAAAUGGCGUCCACGACGACGACCAAGGUCAGCGGCGAAGUGAUCGGAAUCGACCUCGGCACCACCUUCUCCUGCGUCGCCGUCGCCCGCAACGGCGCCAUCGAGAUCAUCGCCAACGACCAGGGCAACCGGACCACCCCGUCCUCCGUCGCCUUCUCCGCCGCCGAGUCCGAGCGCCUCAUCGGCGAGGCCGCCAAGAACCAGGCCGCCCUCAACCCUCACCGCACCAUCUUCGACAUCAAGCGCCUCAUGGGCAAGCAGUUCGACGACUCCGACGUCCAGUCCGACCUCAAGUACCUGCCGUACAAGGUCGUCAGCCGCGACGGCAAGCCCUACGUCGAGCUCGACGUCAAGGGAAGAGACAAAUCCUUCAGCCCGGAAGAGAUCAGCGCCAUGGUCCUCGGGAAGAUGAAGGAAACCGCCGAGCUCUACCUCGGGAAACCCGUCACCAACGCCGUCGUCACCGUCCCGGCUUACUUCAACGAUGCCCAGAGGAAAGCCACCAAGGACGCCGGGACGAUCGCCGGUCUCAACGUCAUAAGAAUCAUCAACGAGCCUACCGCCGGCGCGUUGGCGUACGGCCUCCGGCUGGACGUGAAGACGAGGAGGAAGAUACUGGUGUACGAUCUGGGGGGCGGGACGUUCGACGUCAGCGUGCUGGAGGUCGAGGGCGACGUUUUCGAAGUUCUGGCGACCGGCGGGGACACGCACCUCGGAGGCGGGGAUUUCGACCAGAGGGUGAUGGAGUACUUCAUCGGGCUAAUCAGGAAGAAGUAUAGCGGGGCUGAUUUGACUUCUGACAGGAAGGCCAUGGGGAAGCUGAGGAGGGAGUGCGAGCGUGCGAAGCGCGUGCUGAGCAGUCAGAGCCAGACGCGCGUGGAGAUCGACUCGCUCGUCCGGGGGCUCGACUUCUCGGAGCCCCUGACGAGGGCCAAGUUCGAGGAGCUGAACCUGGAUCUGUUCAGGAGGACGCUCGAGGUGGUGGAGGGGACGCUUCGAGAUGCCAGACUCGAGAAGAGCGAAAUCGAGGAGAUCGUGUUGGUGGGAGGGAGCACGAGGAUCCUCAGGCUCAGGGAGAUGCUGAAGGAGAUGUUCGGCGGGAAGGAGCCGAGCAACAGGGUGAACCCCGACGAGGCCGUGGCGUACGGCGCUGCGGUUCUCGGUGCGAGCCUCAGCGACGUACCGGACCAUCAUGAACAUGAUGUUACUUUGCUUGAUGUAACGCCCUUGAGUUUGGGUGUUGCGAUACUUGGCGGUGUGAUGUCUAUAGUGAUCCCAAGAAACACACAUAUUCCUACAAUGAUGACCGACGAAGACUAUGAAACUGUCUACGACCAGCAAACUAGUGCGACUUUUCAGGUAUACCAAGGAGAAAGGCCCUUGGUUGAGGACUGUAUCAAGUUGGGGAGCUUUGAUCUAUCGGGUAUCACACCGGCUCCCAAGGGAGUUGCCAAACUGGAGACCACAUUCGAGAUCGAUGCAGACGGGAUACUAAAGGUGACUGCCAGGGAAACGACUUCGUCGAGAUCGAAAUCGCUCGUGAUAAAGGACUACAAAGGGAACCUGACGCAACGAGAGAUCGAGAGGAUGGUGAAGGACUCGAAGAAGAUGGUCGAGGAAGACAAGCUGGUGAGGGCUCGUGUGGAUGCCCGAAACCGGUUCGAGCGAUUCGUGUAUGACUUGAAGAACACGGUAAGUGACGGGGACGGCUUGGUGAGCGGGAGGAUGGGUUCGGAGGACAGGAGGAAGGUGGAGCGUGCACUGGAGGAAGCUUCUGAGUGGCUGGAUGAUAACCAUUGUGGCAGCAAGAAAGAUUAUGAGAAGAAGUUGAAGAAGCUGACGGAUGUUUGGAACCCUAUCAUUACCAAAGUUUAUAAGCUUAUCAGGUAGGAUCAGGGUUUCUGGGCUUGAGAUUUCAAGGAAUUGGUUUACAUGAACCGUGUGUGUGUGUGUUUGCUACAUGUGGUGGAGGUAUUAUCUAAUGUUGAAAAAAUAAAUUUUCGUGAUGUAUAAACUUUAUAUAAAUAAAAUUAAGGAAACCCUCUCAGCUCUUAUAUAUAUAUAUAUCUGAUAGGGAUUUUCCCAUGUGGUGGUUCCUAUUUAUCAAUCCAUGUA